AUGUCCCCAGCCAGUAUUCCUCCGAGUCGAUCUACCCAGGUUGAAAAACAACCUUCUCGCGCAAGGCUGGAAAUUGACUUCCCAAGUGAAAGCCACGAUUCCGAUGAAGGGAAAAGUGCGCCUCAGCUAUUACUCUAUCCCCCAGUAUACGUACUCAAAGGCCCAAAAAAAGACAAGGUCACCAAAAGCAUUCUUGAGGAACAGGAACUUGAAAAUCGGAAGAAGAAGGAUAUUCAAGAAAUUGAAGAAACUAAUGGUUGGAGAUUCACCAGUGACACGGCGGGAAAGAUGUAUUUAAAAAUUCAGGAUAAGGAUACAAGCACCUUCAUCAAUUGCAAUAACUUUGCAAGAGAUUGUAUAAAAGCUAUCCAAUCAGACCCACGAGCUGAUUCACGAGUGGAUUCGAAGAGGAAAGGGGCUCCGGCUCCUAGUCUUAGUGUCUUGCUGACUCCGGAAAAUAAAGCAGAGCAUCGGAAGAGGUUAGAUAGAUUAUUGAUGUCAAAGAACAAGCAUGCCCAGUACUGGACAAUUGAAGAUCUUCCCAGUGAAUGGCUCAAGAUCGACAAUGAGGCUUUGUGCUCAGAAAAAGACCAAGCGGCACUACGCAGAGACGUCGAGAAGAAGAAGAAAGCCCUGGAGAAGUCGAAGCCUGGGGGCAAGGUAGAAGGAAAACAUCAAGAGGGUCACAGACUUUCAAUAAAUGCAGUGAAAAGAACGAGUGACGAUAGGCAAAGAGACGGUCAUCAAGGACCUAUAUUUAAAUUCGAAGUUGAAGGGAUGAUUACUACUGAGACGCGAAGAAGCAGCAGAGAAAAGCUUGGUGGGAGAGCUCAUGAGGAACGCCCAGUGCUAGAAGAUGAGCUCGAAAAGGAAAGAAUGACUUGUAAAAAUAGGUCAAGAAUCCAUGACACAAAGGUCGAUGAGAAAAUCAAAAAUACACAGCAAGCACCGAUACGUGGGGUCGGAAGGGAACAGAUUGUUUUUGAAAAACCAAAAGGUAAUACUAGGACGGGAAUCGAUGAACGAACCAAAGAAGGACGUCGAGUGCUAGGAAAUGAGGUCGCGAAGGCAAGGACGGCCAUUGCUGAGAAUUUAAAAUAUAAUGGCAGAAAAGAAAUUGAUGAGAGACCUAACGAUGUUGCGAAAUCCAAAGGGGGACGUCAAGAGCUAGGAGAUGAGAUGGCAAAGCAAAAGUUGGUUCCCGGCGACAGGCCGAGAGUUGGUAACCCAGAAGUCAAUGGGAGACUCAAGAAAACACAUCGAGCGCCUACGAAUGGAACUGAAAAGGAACAAAUUCUUGUCGAGGAACCUAGAGCUGGCAGCAAGGUAAAAGAUGAUGGUAAUCUCAUUGAAGAUAAUGCACUACCUAACAAGCGGCAUGGCUCAGCCGCGAUAGAUGAAGUCGGAGACAAAAAGACAGUGGCUAUAGAGAGAUCAAGAAAUGGUACGGCAGAAACCAAUAAGGGAUUCAAGGACGAUAGUGUAUUACCAAAGAAGAGGCAUGGCUCAGCUACAAUGGAUGAGGCUGGGAAUAAACGGGCAAUGGCUAUGGAUAAGUCAAGAGAUGGUAAAGUAGAAAAUAAUGGCAGAUCCAAAGAUAAUAGCCUACCAUCUAAGAAGAGACAUGGAAGUCAGUAG